CUCGGGUGUUUAGCGCUCGGUUCGCCGCGCGGGGUGCUGGGAUACAUUUCCCGAGGUGCUUUGCGCGGGCUGUAUUUGAAAUCCGCGGGUGGAGGAUGAUGGAGGUUCAGGUCGCUACUCUGCCGGAGGAAUGGCGGCUGUACUGCCUGGGGACCCGGAUUCAGAGCUUCAACAACUGGCCCUUCACCGAGGACUGUGCCUGCACCCCCCAGAAGAUGGCUGAAGCUGGGUUUAUACACUGUCCCACUGCAAACAGUCCUGAUGUGGCCCAGUGUUUUUUCUGCCUUAAGGAGCUGGAAGGAUGGGAGCCGGAGGAUGACCCUCUGGAGGAACACAGGAAGCAUUCGUCCAGCUGCCUGUUCAUUAGUCUAAAGAAAAAAGCAGAAGAGCUGACACUCGGUGAAUUCCUUAAACUGGACAAGGAACGGGUGAAAAUCAAGAUGCAAAGGAAGAUGAACCUUCAAAUUGAAUUGUUCCAGUCCACGGCUCAGAAAGUGAGAAGUUCAUUGGAGAAACUUGAUGCAGAGGAUGUUUCGUGACUUUUUUUUUUUGCUGGUUCCCACACGUGUACAUAUAUCUGCAAAUUGUAUCACUAGAUUUCCACUAUAUAUAUAUAUUCAUUCCUUUUUAGAUUGUGGUGGCCAGGCAAUAGAUUUGCUAACCUUACACUUGGUAAAGGGACAUUGGGAGCUGUAGUUUGGCAACAGCUGUAAAUAAACCUUCUCUCUGUCCCUGCCUUGUGAC